AUGUCCCUGCGACCAAUUCUACGGGCAUCGGCAGCAGGCUGCUCAGCAUGUACGGCGUCCAGACUCGGCCACUCUACUUCACUUUGCAGCCUUGCUGUCAGUGCUGGGGCUCCAUCGCCUGCCCACGCCUGGCCCGCCCUGCGACAUCAGCAAGCGCUCCGCGCGUCUCUCACCGCCCGAGCGCGAUUCUCCUCUCAGAAGGCCGCAGGUGAAAUUGAGGCCGACAGUCGGACGCCACAGACACAGAGAUCCGGCGAUCAAGAAGAGCCUUGGUAUCUCCAAGAGGAGGCCCCCAGGCACCCCUCCCUGGUCCAACAAAGUCAAUCCUUACCAGAGGUGCCCGGAAAUGUCCCCUUGAUCCUGCACGACCUGGUGACAUACGCCGCCGAGGACAUGGGCUUGGAUGAUCUGAAGCUACUGGACCUGCGGACCUUGGAUCCUCCGGCAGCUCUUGGGCCCAAUCUCAUCAUGCUCUUCGGCACUGCCCGCAGUGAGCGCCACUUGCAUGUUUCUGGUCGCCAUCUAUUGUCGUGGCUGCGAAGAAAGGGCAUACAAGCCCACGCGGACGGCAUCCUGGGUCCUAAUGAAUUCAAAAUCAAAAUGCGCCGCAAGCAAAGGAAGGCGAAGCUGCUCGGCACCGCAGCCACGCCCAUGGGGCGAGACGAUGGUGCCACUACGCGCUGGAUCUGCACCAACCUAGGCACGAUUUCCUCUGCUUCACACAAGCCAGUCGAGUACGAGACACCGACCGGCUUCGGCACCAAGCAGACCGGGACCACCAUCGUGCUCCAGGCAUUUACCGAGUCUAAGCGGAAGGAGCUGGACCUCGAGCUGCUUUGGUCCCGUAUUUUGGCUCGCAGGGGUGACGACAACCUCAUCACGGACGACUUGGAGUACACCGAGGCUGACGCCCAUCCAAACGAAUUAUCUCUGUUCACCGAAGGCGGCUCCCCCAAGGUGUUCGCAACGCCAUCCCAACGCCGCUUUUUCUCAACGUCUCCGAGGCAGUCUCACCAGGUAACUGACCCGCCAGCCAGCGACUCAAUAACCACCCGUGUUAACUCUGCCUUAGGCCCUGCAGCUUUCAUAGCUUCAAAGGUGGCUGAGUUGGAGCGACUGCAGGCACGAUUUGCGAGUCUCGACUACGAAGACGCACUCAACGCACUGGAGGACUCCAACGCCGGACAACCUUCAGCAUACCUAAGCGCCUGGAAGCAGGCGAUCCAGCACCUGCGCCCUGAACAUAGCUGGCAAUUUCGACUGUGGUUAUGUGUGGCUGGUCGCCAAUUAGGGGUGCGACGAUUUGACCUGCCUCAUUUGCGAGAGCUUGUAAAUGAGAUGGAGCUUCUGGGCAUCAUAUGCCACCGCGGCCACUAUUUUGAGAUGCUUCAAACCGUGUAUUUGGAGCCUGCUGGAAGCAUGGUGUCAUUGUCAGACCAGUCAAAGCUCGCCCUCGACGUGUUGAAUGUUAUGUACGAGCGCGGCGAGCCAAUCAUGACGACGGACAUUAUCGUGUCGCUCAUUGAGUCGCUAGCUCGGACUGAGGCCCAGGGCAAACCAGGCAGCGAGCUCCAAAGGAUCCUGGAAAAGUUUUUGCUUCAGGCCGACCUGCCAUACAUGGGAGAAGAUGCAAUAAUGCGGCUGAUGAAUGCAUAUGUUGUUCAAGGGAAUUGGGAGCAAUUCUGGGAAGUCUGGUGCUUGCCGCCCAGGUUCCAAGAAUCACGGUCAAGGCAGCUUUACCUUCACUUGUGGGGGACCAUGGCCUCGACAAACCAUCAGAAACGAUGUCAAGAAGCCAUUCGAAGGUGUUUCCACGAGAUGUUGAAUGAGGAUCCUCCUGUCAACCCUGUCGCUGAGGUCAAAGAAGCCCUGGAGGCUUGCCUCACGAUUGCCGACCCACAGGCAGAGGGCAUCGCCAAAAACCUUGUGAUCAAAGAUCGCAAGGCGAGAAUGCUGUCGAUGCACGAAUUUGUCAUGAUAUACCGGUUGUUGAACCCAAAUUGGGUUACACAGCAGGCCUAG